GCGGGGAUUAGGCUCGACGAGCUUGAGCAGAUUCGGGCGCCAUACGGGCACGCAACCGCCCGCAGAAGCCAGCCAACUGCGUGGGACGAAAGCAGGGCCAUAUCUGAAACCUUUGCACGAGCCGCCGCAGCGGACAACGCACAGUCUCGGACACUAGCUCUUCUCCUGCCAGCGCCGCGCACAGCCAUGAUGCGGUGUACAACGCUCGCCCUCCUCGUCGGCGCGAGCGCCCUCGUACCGCCGACGCGCCGGCACAAUCUGCGCGCGCGGCGCCAGGCCACCGACGGCGACGAGCUCGCGCGCCUCCGCGAAGAAAUAAAAGAGCUCGAGGACUCGCUCGAAAAGGACAAACAGGAACAGCGAAAGGCCGCGCCCGUCGCCGUCGAAGCAAAGCCCGAGCCAAAGAAGGAGCGGAUCACGGGCGGCGCCGCGAUCCGGGACGGGAAGGUGCAAGUCGAUACCGUGCUCUCGAAGCUCGACACCGCACAACUCCCAGCGACCUGCGACGCCGAGGCAGAAAAACGCAAGUUCGCCGAGGUGUUGAACCUGGAAAAGAUGCAGGGCGAGGGCUUAAAACAUGUGGACGUCAUGCAGGCGCGAGUAGUGACCCUAGACGCCGACGACGACCUCAUCGCUUUACUGGAAGGUGUCCAGGUCGAUCUGAAGGACGAGAUUGACAUGACGCAGUUCAAGGGAGCUACUGACAAACUGGUCGAGGCGCUCAGUGACGUCUCCCAGAACAACACCUCUGGUGAGUGGUCCGAGGACGACUGGCAGAGGGUCGCCGAGGCGGUAGAUGAUGGCGACGAUGGUGAAGAAUUAUUUGACGAGGAUGAUACUAUAUUCGGUAUAGACGUCCAGCAGGCCUUGACUCCUGAGGUGCUCGGGUAUAAGGUGAAUGAAAGAUUCUAUAGCUCUUUAAAUGACCACUGGCGCGACUGGUGCCUGGUCGCGUCCGAACGAAGUGCCUUAGGUGUAGUACCACCGGACGACCAAUUGGCGGCGUUCGGCGCGGCCGUCGAGAAAUCCUCAUUCAUGGCCGCGGCCGAAGCGGUCUCAACUCAUGAUUUUUCGUGUAAUCUAAAUGCGACGCAAGUCGAUCGUUCCUUAGCGAUCGAUGGCACGCCGCUCUUCGAACGGGCGUUUCGGCGGAAGCUCAAAACGAUCUGCAAGCAGAGCGCCUCCGAUAGAUCCCGGGACGACUUCGACGAGUUGUGGGUGUUACUAAGGUGCGCCACUAGACGAGGCAGCCAGAACGCGGGCUUCGUCGAGCAGCUCGCGGGCUAUUUCUUCGAGCGCGUCACGGAGUCGGAAGCGCGGGAUGUUGUUUUAGAUAAACUGCGGGAAUUUGAUUUGGUUCCGAAAGAUGAACUCGACCCUCAAAAGCUGCGGGACGCGUUCAUCGUGAAGGUGGCGAGAUAUGUGGACCUCUUCGCGGGCGGGGCCACUCUGUUAUUUACGGUGGCCUUUGUCGCGUUCAACUACGCGUUAUUUACGUUCCUCGUGGCGCCUUUACUAGAUUGGCUGUUCGGGAACGGCGGCGCGGAGCAGAUCCCGGACUUCUUCGACAAGUAGUGUCCGUAAGGCUUCGUUGCUAGUCA